CGUCAUUCCUAUUUCGAGUAUAUCGUCGCUUGGUAGGUGUUGAAAAUUUCUCGUCUUUGUUAUAAGCUCAAUUGCAUACACAUUUCGUAAAUAGUGAAACUCGAAUUUCAAAAAAUUGUUGCGAAAAAAGGCAGCAAUCGGUGGUAAAUAAAAUCAUUGUCAUUCAUUUGUCGAGUGUGAUUUUUCUUUGAUUUAGUCAUUGGUGGUGCGUAAACAACAAAGGCGCAAUUGACAGUGAAACAGUUGUAGAGUUAUUUCCGAUAAGAAACAUUGCGAACGAGCGAAAAUGUCAGAAUUAUUGGUUGUGCCUUUGAAAAAACCAUCCGAAGUGGAUGUUGUCAAGCCGCUAAAGAAUUUAAUACAAAGUUCGUAUAGUGGCAAUGAUGCUGCGAAUGCAUCCGAUCAUUCGGAAUCAAUAAAUGAGUUCAGCAAAUUGAGAAAUUCAGCCAUUUGGAAAGCAUUUGAAAAAUACGAAUCAUCUUUGGACAUUCUCUAUGGCUACUAUGAUCAAUUAUGUUCUUUGGAGGCGAAAAUUCCGGUUCAUGAACUCCAAAUUCCAUUCAAAUGGAAAGAUGCAUUUGACAAAGGAUCCAUUUUUGGGGGUCGAAUCAGUUUGACAUUGACAUCUCUAGCAUACGAAAAAGAAUGUGUUCUAUUCAAUAUUGCGGCACUGCAAAGUGCUGUCGCUGCAUCACAAAGUACCGAUAGUGAUGAUGGUUUAAAAAUGGCAACGAAACUAUUGCAACAAGCGGCUGGAAUUUUUGCUCAUUUAAGAGGUGUUACACCGUUUGCUAUUCCACAAGAACCAACACCCGAUUUGAAUCCAGAAACAUUGCAAGUACUUUCGAAUCUAAUGUUGGCACAGGCCCAAGAAAUUUUUGUGAUGAAAGCCAUCAAAGAUAGCAUGAAAGAUUUAAUUAUUGCAAAAUUGGCUUGUCAAUGCGAAGAACUGUAUGCCGAAGCAUUGCGUGGCUUGCAAAAAGAUUCACUCCGAUCAAUUUGGGAUAAAGAUUGGGUUGCAACGAUUGCUGGCAAACAGGCUGGUUUCCAUGCGAUUACCCAAUUUUAUCAGAGUUUAGUAUGUCGCAAUAAUAAAGCAGUUGGCGAAGAAAUUGCACGAUUACAAAAUGCCGUCGAGCUAUUCAAAGCGGCUCAAUCGCGUUCGGGAAAACCAAGUUUGUAUGAAGAAUUUGCAUCACGUGCUCAACGCCAUUUAACCGAAUCGAAAAAAGACAAUGAUUUCAUUUACAAUGAAAUUAUACCCGAUGUUAAGACAUUAGAAGGACCUGGUAAAGCUCAAUUGGCAAAGGCAUCAGCAUUUACAACGCCAUUGUCACCAAAUUCAAAAGAUUUAUUCGCUGAUCUGGUACCAGUUGCAUUGCAUCAAGCAAUUUCUGCAUCCGAUGCACGUAAAAAUGAGAUUGUAAACGGCGAAGUGAUGAGAUUACGCGAAUCAACACAAAAUUUGAAUGGCAUUUUAGCAAGUCUAAAUCUUCCAGCAGCUAUUGAAAUUACCAGUGGUAAUGCAUUGCCACAAUCGGUAUUGGAUAAAGCAAAAGAUAUUCGAGAGAAGGGUGGCAUCGAAAAUUUACGCACAUUGAUCAACGAUUUGCCCGAAUCGUUGAAACGUAAUCAGGAAAUUUUGGACGAAAGUGAUCGCAUACUAAACGAAGAAGCCGAAGCCGAUACCCGUUUACGUACACAAUUCAAAGAAAAAUGGACUCGUACACCAUCCGAUAAAUUGACCGAAAUGUUCCGUUCAAAUGCGGCCAAAUAUCGUGAAAUUAUUCGGAAUGCAACCACAGCCGAUAAAACUGUUCGCGAUACAUUCGACAAGCAUUCACACGGAAUGGAAUUACUCUCAAAGUCAGAGUCUGAAUUGGAGAAUGCGUGCCCAGUAAGCAGCGGUGGAAACAUUUCAAAUUGUCAUUCGGUGCAGGAAUUGCGAAAAUUAAUGGAUAAUGUUGAUACAAUUAAAGCCGAACGUGAAGUAAUUGAAUCCGAAUUGAAAUCGGCCACCGUCGAUUUGAAAGAACAAUUUUUGAGCGCAUUGGCCCAAGACGGGGCAAUCAAUGAGCCAAACAUUUCGAUUGGAACGAUUGGAAAGGCAUUGGCACCAUUGCGUGAACAAGUAAAUGACAGCAUUGCACGACAAGAGUCGUUAGUUCAACAAAUUCAGAGCGCUCAUCAAGCAUUUGUGAACGAAACUGGCGGUGGAUCGGGAUCGCGUGACACAUUUUUGAGUGAAUUGGCCAGUGCAUAUGAUGCAUUUACAACGUUGCAAAAUAAUUUGAAAGAAGGCACAAAAUUCUACAAUGAUUUGACACAAUUGUUGAUCACAUUCCAGAACAAAGUGUCCGAUUUCUGUUUUGCACGAAAAACCGAAAAAGACGAACUCAUGAAAUCAUUGACAGAAGAAUCGAGCCGAAUGUCGUCCGCACCAAGCGGUCCACCAGUUCCAUCGUAUGGCGCAACUACUGGAGGAUCAUCAGCUCCGUCUCAACCACCAGCUCAACCGACUGGCUCCAUACCGUAUCCAAGCCAAAUUCAAGGGAUGCCAGUACCCUAUCAGGCGACACCACAAGCUCCGUACCCAACUUAUGUUGCGCCAAUGCCGCAAAGUUUUAAUCCGUAUGCAACAUUGCCAUAUCCAGCAAAUGCAUACAACUACCAAAACUUCCCACAAGGUCCACAAAAUUAUGGUACGUAUCCAGGAUCAUAUGGUCAACAGCCCCAACAGCCAGGCGGCUACCCACAUCCACCGCCACAAGGUUAUCCACAAGCACCAAAUUGGCCACCACAAUAAGUGGAAAAGUACAUUGCCAUGCAUUUGCCGCAGUACACGACAACACUUGUUAUGGCCGUUUUUAAUAAAUACAAUUUAUACUAAUAGCCACAUGAACUUUUCUACACGCUACUAACACGUCAACGUCAUAAAACAAUUCGAAUUAAUUUUGCGGCAUUCAUUCUAAAUGAAACUGUAACAAAAAAAAAAUGCAAUUUUAAAUUAAAUGAGUCGUUCAUUGGUCACAUUGUAAAAUAUCUUUCAGCUCACUAUUCCUGAAAGUUUAUUAGAGUAUUUAAAGUGAAGCAUGAAAUUGAGUUAUACGCAGCUAUGAUUAUAUGUUAUCAAAUUUAUAUGAAUUAUAAGUUCCACACUUCCAAGCAAAUAAAUAAACGUGCAUUAUGCAUUGAUUUUUGA